AAUGUAAAAUUUUAAAAGAGUUGUUAUUUUAUUAUCUAAAACAUCUGGAAGAGAUAAAGUAAGUAUUAAAUAUAUUAUAAUUUAAUUAGUCUUGUAGAAUAUUACAAUAUUUUGGUAAAUUUUGUGCAGAAUAAUUGAAAGAAUUAAAAUAAGAUGAAUUAUCAUUAAAGUGUAAAAAUUUAAGCUCAAAUAUGAGUUUAACAAGAAAAGUCUUAAGAUUUGGAAGAACAAUUGGUAUCAUAAUUUCAAUUAUGGAAUUAACAAAAUCAAAAGGAAAUAAAGCAAUCAUUCUUAAUAAAAUAUUGAUGAAUAUUUCUUGCUUUCUUUAUUUUUUAGUUGAUCAUACUCAUUGGUUUUGUAAAGUAAAUUCAAUAUUUAACUUAGAUUUAAGUUAUCCAAAACCCAUAACUAGAAGCUAAGGCAGAUUAUUGGAGUGACGCACUUUGGUGCUUUGAGGCGUUCUUUGAUUGCGUUGCAUUAAUUUUAGAAAUUAGAGAAGAAGAAAAUAAAACUUAAGAUUCAAAAUCAUCCCAACGCCUUUUCAAUCUUAAAUUGGAUUUAUUAAGAGCCUUUAUGGACUUGCUGGUAUAAAUAUCAUUUUUUAAUAUUAGAGUGCUUAUGGAUUUAUUAGUAAUGGAAGAGUACCUGGUAAAUGGAUUGGUUUCUUUGGAACUAUUAGCUCAAUUAUUGGAUUAAAAUAACAAUGGGAUGCCGCAAAAUGA